UGAAGAUGACCAGGCAGACUGAUGUCGACAUACCAGAAACAGGAGCCAUUUUCACAUUUGGAAGGACCAGCUUUGCUAAUAAUGUUCCCAGCAAGUUCUGGCUGAAGAAUGACCAUCCAAAGAAAACGUCAUGUGGCGGAGAGCACUCUGCUGUUAUCACAGAAAAUGGGAGGUUGCUGAUGUUUGGUGGCAACACAUGGGGCCAGCUGGGGUUGAGAAUUAAGCCUAGUGCCAGGAAACCAACCUCUGUGAAAGCCUUGAAGUCUGAGAAGGUGAAGCUUGCAGCUUGUGGGAGAGACCACACAAUUGUUUGCACAUUUCAUGGCAGUGUAUACAGUGCAGGUAGCAACCAGGACGGGCAGCUGGGUUUAGGCCAUUGUGACAAGUCUACAUACUUUCACCUGCUCCGCCCCUUCUGCGACUGGGCACCAAUCAAAAUGCUUUCUGCAGGAUGCAACACCUCAGCUGCCUUAACAGAGGAUGGGAGGCUGUUCAUGUGGGGGGACAACUCUGUGGGUCAGAUUGCUUUCGGGGACGAGGGAUUUGCUGCAGAACCCAGAGAGGUCCACAUUGGAGAAGCAGUCAUAUGGGUGUCCUGUGGGUAUAAGCACUCAGCUUUUGUGACAGUUUAUGGUCGUCUCUACACGUUUGGUGAGAGUGCGAAUGGAAGACUCGGUCUUCAGGAGGAGCAGCUGGCCAAUCACAGAAUUCCUCAGCAGGUGCCAGGAGUCCUGGGUCAUGUCACCCGAGUGUGCUGUGGAGGAGAGCACACAGUGGUCCUCACAGACAGCGGGCUGCUGUACACGUUUGGUGAUGGUCGUCAUGGAAAACUCGGGUUAGGGGAGGAAAACUUCAUCAACCAGUUCAGCCCGACACUCUGCACACGUUUUCUUCAGUACGCUGUUCAGUCAGUGUCCUGUGGUGGUCACCACAUGCUGGUCCUGGCUACACCCAGGCCAGCAGAGAGCCAAGAAGCGGUGCCAGAGAAGGAUGUCUUAAUCACAGACCACUUUCUGGAGUCAAGUUUUACCAAAAUCAUCUUUAAAAACAAGUUCAUCAAUCCAACUCCACCAUCACCACUCUCAGCCCUCUCAGCCCGGGCACGCCACCGAGACAGAGUUCGUUCUGUGGAGUUGUUUGGGGAUAAGUUUCAGAGCCUCCCACGGCUUAACUCUGACUUUCUCAUCACAUCUCGGCAAACAUCCAGAAAUUCCCUAACUCUGAAAACCCUUUCAAAGGACGCUACUACCCCUUCAUCAUCCCCUAAACCAAAAUCGGAGGUGACAGGAAGCCCACUUCUCUCCCCCAGAUCUCGAUCCAUAUCCCCUCAGAGUCCACUGUUAUCCUCUAAGGCAUCAAGCCCACAUUCACGAUCAUCAUUCACGCUUCAAAGUAAAGCAUCCACGUCUGCUUCUUCUAAGUCUAAAUGCAAAAAGGUGCCCUCUCCUUUGCUUUUACCAAAGUCUAUAACAAAAUUAAACCCCAGCAGUCCUGUAGCUACUAAAAUGACUGCAAAGCCUAGACUAAACCAAGCAGCAGCCACUAAGAAGCCUCUAAGUAACAAAUUCUCAUCUCCUGUGCCACCUAAAGAGCCCUACACCCCGACUAGUAAUGUUUUCAUUAAAAAUCUAAAGGAGGAAGAACAUCCUGCCCCAACACAAACAGAAAGUGUUAAGAGACAAAUAAUCACUGAAGAAGUGGAAGAGAAAGAAGACUUUUCACCAUAUAUGGGAAAGAAAAAGGGCAGAGCUUUUAGACAUGCAGUAAAGGAAGCAAAACCAUUUGCACAACAGAUCCAGACUAACGAGAAGACUGACCGAAACUCCCCUAAGGUUUUGCCAACAGAGCUUAUGAAAGGCCCCAGCACCUUGAAGACAGAAGUGUCUCCUCUGAAGAGCACAAAGAAAAAUCACAAAGUGUCUUCAAACAGCAAAGAGAACAUCACCAAGGAGUCCAGCAACAUCAAACCUUCAGAAAACAGGCAAGCUCAAAAGCAGCUCCCGCAUUUUAAAUCACCACAGCAAGAUAAGAGGAAACCGACAGAGUAUAGCACAAAAACACAACAGAUGCUGACAGAUGCACAGGAGAGAGUGACUGAAGUGAAGCACAAGACGAGGAAAACUGAGGAUUUGAGAGAAAGUAAUAAACCGAAUGAAGAGGAUAACAGCUCUCUGAAGAAAGUCUUGACAAGAACCCCAAAAAAGGAGGCAAAGAAAUCAUCAUCUUUAGAUCCGAAAUCUCCUUCUAUCAAGGUCAGUAAAGUGAAUCAAGCAGCCAGUCUAGCAUCCACAGAAAAUGCCGUAAAGGAAAAUGAAGCAACUCAGAGGGGAAGUGAUGACGUCAAACCUGUUGAAGUGGCGAGUCAGGGGACACGGCGAGUCAAAUCGACUCUAACAAAAGAUCAGCACAAGGUUAAAUCUGUACCAGGAGUGGAUGCUAAAUCGCCAGCAGCACAGGAAGAAAACACAAUACCUUUUAAGGCUGAAACAAAGAAAUCUGUCUCCAGAAAAACACCAUUGCAAGUUAAGGGAAAAUUGCAAGAGCUUAAACCAACACCAGUCAAGGAUCAAAGUAAAUGUGCAGAAAAUCCCCUUAUUGAAGGAGAAAGCAAAGAAAAGUGUGAGGAAAAUGAGUUAAAUUGUGCCAAAGACACCACUCUGAAGAUGAAAGGUGGAACUGUGGAUGAGCAGAAAUUGUCAAAAAUAAAGGACAAAAAGACGGCAAAGGAAUCUGGUGCUGAACAGAGGGCAAAAACAAAACGAAGAGGAGGAGGCAAGGAAGAGGAAAUCAGAGUUAAAGGUGAGAGGGAUGUUGACUCUGAGAAUAAGAUAAAGGCUAAACCAAAGAGUGAAGCUUCCAGCCUGCUGUCAUCUCAGCAGGAUACACCUACAGAAGUGAGAGGUAACCCAAUUUCCCCUCAAAGCCCAGAGGUGGAUUCUCCUAGAGCUGCAAAACCCCUGCAAGGAGCUAAGCCUGAUGUUAUGGAUUCCCGUGUUUCUGAAACAGAUGAAGAAGACACUCGGGGCACGAAUGGGGGAAAAACAAAUUGGGGAGAAAUUCUCAGUAAUUCAGCGUCGCUUCUUCCAGUUGCUGGGAUUGCAGGUGCAGCUAUUGAGGUCCUUCGUGAGGCAGUGACAAGUGUGCAGUCUGACAGUGACAAAGCCACCUCGACACCCUCUAAAACGCUCAGUAAAGUCAGGCAAUUCACUAAGCAGAGUGCAGUUACGGAGCCGUCCUUGUGCUCCGCAUUGUCACAUUUUUCUUCCUCGAAUGAAACGGAGGAUGGCCUGAAGACAGAUGCUCAAGCUGGUGUUCCAUCGGAAUUUGUAAAUGAAUCCCAAGAAGGAGAAAAUGAUGACAGCAGUCGUAAUCCAUCAGAGGGGGAGGCAGUGAAAGGGGGCCUGUCUGAGCAGAUCAGGGGUGAACACAUGGAAGAUUCACAAAAAGAAGUGGAGGAGAAAUCCGACAAGACAUCUGGAGAGGAUGAGGAUUCUGAGGAUGGGGGAAAGAAUGAAGAUGAUGUCGAGAGUGGAAGUGACAGUGAAGAUAAAAGGGAAGAAUGUGAGAGUAAUAGUGACAAAGAAACAGGAGAGGAGAGCAAUACGGAAGAGGGAGAGGAAGAUAAUGUAUCUGAGGAAGAAGAGGGUGAGGAGAAAACAGGCAGGAGUGAUGAAGAUGAAGGAAGUGAUAAAACUAAUGCUGCUGAAACUGAAGGAGAGGAAGAAAGCAGUAAGAAGACAAGUGACGGAUUGAGUGACUCUGAUGUGAGUGAAGGAGCUGAGGAGGAAGAGGAGGAAGGUGAAAAUGAAGAGUCCAGUGAUGAAGAGAGUAAAGAGGAUAAAGAGGAAGAGAGCAAGAUGAGUGAGGAUGAAGAGAAGAAAAGCGAUGAUGAAUCAGAGAGCGAUGAGAGCACGAACCGAGAGUCAGAGGGGGAGGAGGACGGAGAGGAAGGAGACACUGCAGAAUCUGCCAAAACCGAAGAAGAAGAAAAUGAUGAAGAUGAAGAGGGCGAAACUGAGGAACAAAAUGAUGCCUCCACAGAAAAUGAGGAUGAGGAGAAGGACUCGGUGGAAGAUGAAGAGGCAGAUAAGAGUGAAGGAGAGCAAGACAGUGAUAAGGGAGAGGAGGAAGAAGAUAGCGAGGCUGAUGAAGAGGAACUCCAAGAUGAAAAAAGUGAUGAAGAAGAAGAGGAAGAAGGAGGUGAGGAAAGGGAAGAAAGUGAGUCCGUAGGUGAUGGGGAAGCUGAGACAGAAGAUGGAGAGGAUGAGGACAAAGAAGAGAGUGAGGAGGAGGAAGAGUCUGCAGAAGAGGAAGAGGAGGAGGAGGAUGCAGGGGAUGAAGACACAGAAGCUGAGGAAGAAGAGGAAGAGAAGGAGGAGGAUACAGGGGACGAAGAAACAGAAGCUGCGGAAGAGAAGGAGGAUACAGGGGAUGAAGAAGAAGAAGCUGAGGAAGAGAAUGAAAGUGAGGAAGAGGAGAAACCAAAAGGAAAAAAUAAAAGCAUGGAGCCUGCUAAAAAAAACCUGUUAGAGAGUGAUGAAGGGGAGGAGGGGGAGGAGGAGGGGGAGGGGGAAGGUGAGGAGGAAGGGGAAGAAGAGGAAGAACAGCAAAAACAGACAAGGCUAAGAGGAAAAAGGAAAGACAGGAAAGGUAUUGAUGAGGAAACUGAUGAUGAAGAUGAGGAUAGUGAGGAAGAGGGUGAUGAAGAACAAAGGGAUGAAGAGAAUAAGGAAAAGGGAAAUGAGAACCAGGAGGAGGAGGAGGCAGAAGAAGAGGGAAUUGAGGAAGAGGAAGAAGGAGAUGAAAAUGAAGAAGAGGAGGAGGAGAAUGAGGAAGAAGAAGAGGAAGAGGAGGACCAAGCAAAAUCAGCAAAGAAAAAAAAAAAGAAGGGACAGAAACCGCCACCAGACAGAAGCAGCAAACAGAAAGAAGCACCCAAACCAGCACCGAGGACCAGGCAGAGAGCUGCAGGGGGGGCGAAAGCUGAGGACUCUCAGCAGUUCUGGAACGACGUCCUGCCUCAAUACCUAGACCUGCAGUGACCACGCCCACGGUGAAGCCACACCCACAGAAAUCUCAGCUAAACACGAGCUUCGUCUGACGUUAUUCUUUAUGCUCUGAAAACACAUAACAAGUGUGUCUAAGCACUUUUUAAAAACCCUUAAACUGUCCAAGGC